AUGAGUAUUGUUCUGUUGUAUGAAUUCAUUGUCGUUGGCUUUUUGGUGUCUGUUGUUCAAGGAACCGUAACGUAUGGCUCACCUUAUAAUGUAUACGGUAAGAAACUUUGUUUGAUUCCAGACGAUUUUAUUUGUCGAAAGGGAAAGUCCUAUAUGAAUAAUGUUGAUUUUAGUAUUUUAUUCUGUCUAACGCCAGAUGAUUUUACUUGUCAAUGGGAAAGUCAUUGAACAAGAAAUUGUUAUUUAAUAGUUCAAAACGACCUUCUCAGCUCGUUCCUGUAGUGAUCAUAUAUGAACAAAUAAAUGCUGACUUUAUUAUUUUACUCUGUCUAAUGCCAGACGAUUUUACGAUCUUGUUAGUCAGCUGUUAAAAACUAUCUUCUUUUAAGAAUAUUUUGAAUUAUUUUCCGUUCGUAUCGAUCCUACGAUAUUCGUCUAUUUGGCGAGUUACGGUGUAUUUAUUAUUGACAAAAAACUCCUCAACCACAAAGUAAAAAGCAAACAAGAUCAUCUGACCCAACCCCAGUCGUACAAAUAUAAAAUACCAAAAUUUAAUAUACAUCAAUCUAUCAAAAAUCAUACAAAAUCCGAGCAACAAGAAUAUGGAUCACACUACCUCAUUAUAUUACACCCAAAAACGGAACAUUUACAGAAUUCAGGCCGGAAACUACUUUUCAAUUACAACAUUCAAGCAUUAGAAAAUACGUACGACGUAUUUUCGUAAAAGUGUGUGCAUCAAAUGUAAUCAAAUGUUGUUUCUGGACUUCCUGUAAUGACUAUUGUCCAAAUGUUGUUUAUUGUGUGUGUCUAAUAACUGUACAUUGUAAAUUGUUUGAGCUGUUGUGGUUUUUCACUGUAUAUGAUGAUGGCAAAGUAAAUAAAUAAAAUAAAAUAAAAUAAAUAAAAAUGAACAAUGUACACUUUAGUAUCCUUGCUAACCGAACCGAAAUAAUGACAGUAUUUAUUGACAUAGGUAACACAGAUCAAGUGAAGCCACAUUUUCCAGACGCGCUCGUCACAUACGGUCCGCCACAACGACCUCACACACAGACUGCAUCGCAACGAGCUCGUCUCUACCCCUCUCCCCAGCAGAGAUCCUACUAUCCAGUCCAGCCAAGGGCAUACACCCCUGUCCAAGCAAGACACUACGCGAGUACACAGCCAAGACCUUACGCCCAACCACAGGUAUGUGUGGAAAGAUUGGUUUGCUCAUUUGCUGAUAACAUGGCCAGAACUGAGCAGUGUUUGCUACUUUAAGUACUUACCAACAAAGACAAUUACUCUUACUUGAAACGUAUCACCUUCGCUAUCUCUCACAGUAACAUUGUCCCUUAUAACAGGUCAACAGGAUAUUCCGGGCUUACAAUAGUUUUCCCUUCUACCAAGGAAUGACGCAUUUCCACUAGAUAAUAUACUAGGUAGCAUGCUUCGCCCAAUUCGCCUGGCCUUUUCAAUAAUCAUAAACAAAUAGGGAUGGAUCUAGCCUCAUUUGCAAGGAGGGGUGCAGGUUUUCCAUGGGGUGGUGCAUGAGGGAGCCUUUGAGCUCACGCUCCUCUGUAAUGCUGCUAUCCCAUUAUUUGAGCUGACCGAAAAUGUCAAACGGGAGCUAGGCAUAAUCUCUCAUGAAUGCUGUUUUUAGGGCUUGUAAUCCAAGUGAAUAUAUAUACCUGACCAGAAACUACUGCGAAAAAUGCAGCACAAGGUCCUCUGGUAGGAAUUGAACCUACGGCCCUGCGAAUCCGGUGCAGCGCUCUAACCAACUGAGCUACAGAGGCCAGCUGUUGAGCUGUAACCGUAAGUUCAUGUUAUGUAGGUGUUAUGACUCUAUCUAUUUACAUUAUUUUAUUUUCCUAUAGACAAGGGCGUACACUUAUGGUCAACAACAUCCUGUAUACACCGUAGCUCGACCAAGGAGUUUCCCCUCCGCCCACACACAGCCCUAUACACCUGGCCAUCCACAAGCAUAUUCCCCGGUCCACCCUCGCCCAGCCUAUGGUCUAGCCCAGCCAAGAACCUACACCCACCCAGCGACAGCUUAUGGUCAGCGUACGUCAACCGGAUACUUGAUGCCAGCCAGACAAACGGUCCUCAGGCCUGUGGUAAGACAACCAAUGAGAGCGCCAGUAAGGCAGCCAAUCAACACUGGCCUGAGACAAGCAAUCCAGCCAAUCAACGCGGCCCUAGCUCAGCCAAUGAGCACUGCCCUAAGACAGCCAGUACGACCAGUAGCUACAAGCAACGGCUUCGUAAGACAAGCUAUAAGAAACCCGCAAACACCUUACACCAGAGCUUUGGCGCCAAAACUCCCAACCUUAUACCAAACUGCAAUACGCCCAGCAGCACAAUUGCCCCAGAGCUUCGCCGCGCGGCCUGUGGUACCCUUGCCCCUGGGAACGUACGGUAGAAAUCGUAUACCAAAAACACCCGGUCGGAAUAUUGUCCCCGGCAAACCUAUCCCACCGGGGAUAAAUCACUCAUCACAAAAAUACCGCGACAACAAACGAAAUAACAUCGCUCUAAGCAGCAAAAGUUACCCGCAAACACCCGAGAAAACACAGGUUGAACGGAAUUACAUCAAUGGUAUUUCACUUCCACAAAAAGUGGCCGGAAAAGCACCUAAAGGUCCUAUAAAACCCCAAAUGAACCCUAGCCCUGUACACAGUGAAUCCCUAAAUGAACCUAUUAAACCCCAAGUACCACCAAAUUCUCCCGCGGGUCACAAAUUGUCCACGUUUCUCAAAUCGGUCAAAAAUCUUCAAGAAACAUUGAAAGGCAAGACCAUGAAACAGGGGCUUAUUUACUACGACGAUGACGUCAGCAACAAAUCACGUCAUCGCCCGACAAACUUCGCUCCGCCGACAAGGAAACUGGGUUCCAUGGGUUCGCCAGGGGGGAGUAGAGUGACUUUCAACGAAGAGCCCGCGAUACGACCAGUGAUCAUUCCAGAAACAAAAGCCAUCAACCAAGCUGGAAGCGAACGCGUAAAUAUCGCCCAGACCAACAAAACUGUCGCGAAUAAUGACGGUAAACUGACAAAAAAUUCGAACCAAAAUAACAUAACAGCAGAGCCCGAAAAUAUUACGGGACCACAAGCACCGCAGACCAAGAAAACUGCAGUCGUGGAGAAACCGCUACCCGCAGACACUGCAGGCGCAACAAAACCUCAGACCAAAACCACUGUGGGCUCAACAAAAUCUCCAAAUUUCGCCGCUGCCCAGGUAGACCUCGGGCUCCUCAAGAAGAAAGUGCUUCACAGCAACAACUCGCAAUUUUUAAAACGAGUUUUACACGUUUUGAAAAAAUAUACGAAACUCAUGAAAACCAGUAUGGCGGAAAAAAAUGAAACAAGAAAUGUCUUAAACGCUUCAGUAGCGGAAGGCAAGGCCCAAAUAGCAAAUAUUAAAAAGCCAGAAAAUUUCAAGAAAACAAGUAAAAAUAAUGAAACAAACUUGGAAAGUGCAAUGGACCUUUCCAAUGCUCUAAAUUCAACCAAAACUGCCGUGCAAAUUUUUGAUAUGUUGAACAGCCCAUCAAAAGAAAAUCUAAAAUCAUCGAUGAUAAAGGAAUUGAACAGAGAUUCGUCGUUAAAAAAUCCAACUUUGACAAAGGAUAGUUCGAAAAAGUCAGAAAGUAAAUCUGAGGCUAAGGUCUUGGAUUUGAUGUCCUCGAAUUCGAAACCAGAGCGAGGUUCAAAAGACGAAAACGCGAGCAAGAAGGGUGAAAUUGAGACGGGGAAAAGUCUGAGGAAAUCUGUCUUCAGUUUGGACAAAUUGAAAUACGGACUGGAACGAGGAAAUGCCAUAGAUUAG